GGGCGGUGGCGGGCUCCGCGUGGGGAUCGCCGGGCGGCAGGCCAGGGUCGUCCCGGGCUGAGGCUGGGCGCCCGUGGGCCGUCCUGCGUCACCCGAAGCCGAGGGGCCUGCGGAGGCCCAGACGGGAUGGAGGCACUCUGGCGCUCCCUCUGCCGCCGGCGGGGAGCCAGAGAUUGUUGGAGUGGAACUACUGAGCAAAAGCAGGCCUUGCAUCUUCAGUUGUCAUCGAGUUUGCAAUCAGAUCGGAAAAGUUGAACUUGAAGUCUCCUGGGUGUAGUGAAACAGAGUGAUCCAUAUUGCUCACAUCACAAAAAACAUGGGCUUCCACGUGACUUUCUACCUUUCCUACAAAUUCCGAUUACUGUUGCUUUUCACUUUAUGUCUGACAGUGGUUGGGUGGGCCACCAGUAACUAUUUUGUGGGUGCUAUUCAAGAGAUUCCUAAAGCAAAAGAGUUCAUUGCUAAUUUCAACAAGGCCAUAGUUUUGGGAAAGAAAGAAACUCUGACUAAUGAAGCAUCUGUGAAAAAACCAGACCUCAACAACUGCCCUUCUAUGUCACCAUACCUCAGAGGUCAAGACAAGCUCAUUUUCAAACCAGAUCUUACUCUGGAAGAAGUUGAGGCAGAAAAUCCCAAAGUGCACAGAGGCCGGUAUCGCCCUGAGGAAUGUAAGGCUUUACAGCGGGUCGCCAUCCUCAUUCCACACCGGAACAGAGAGAAACAUCUGAUGUACCUGCUAGAACACCUUCAUCCUUUCUUGCAGAGACAGCAGCUGGACUAUGGCAUCUAUACCAUCCACCAGGCUGGAAGUAAAAAGUUUAAUCGAGCCAAACUCUUGAAUGUGGGCUACCUAGAAGCUCUCAAGGAUGAAAAUUGGGACUGCUUUAUAUUCCAUGAUGUGGACCUGGUGCCUGAGAACGACUUGAACCUUUACAAGUGUGAGGAUCAGCCCAAGCACCUGGUUGUUGGCAGGAACAGCACUGGCUACAGGUUACGUUACAGUGGAUAUUUUGGGGGUGUUACAGCCCUAAGCAGAGAGCAGUUUUUCAAGGUGAAUGGAUUCUCUAACAACUACUGGGGAUGGGGAGGCGAAGACGAUGACCUCAGACUCAGGGUUGAGCUUCAUAGAAUGAAAAUAAUCCGGCCAAUGCCUGAAGUGGGUAAAUAUACAAUGAUCUUCCACACUAGAGACCGAGGCAAUGAGGUGAAUAUAGAACGGAUGAAGCUCUUACAUCAGGUGUCAAGAGUCUGGAGAACAGAUGGGUUGAACAGUUGUGUUUAUAAAUUACUGUCUGUGGAUUACAAUCCUUUGUAUAUCAACAUCACAGUAGAUUUCUGGUCUAGCCCAUGAAUCUGGACUGUCUGGUGAUGUUCGGAAGAACUGAAUAUUUGAUUACAAUAAUUUUGGCCUUAGAGACUUUCCCUAGUAGCACACAUUAAGAAUUUGUUACAGCUAAUUAUCUAGCUGAAUUUUUCCUUUUUGUAUUUUCUUAGCAGAGCUCCUGGUGAGGUGGAAUGUAAAACAAUUGUAACAAAACAAUUUUCUUAGUUGUUUUGAUCAUGUGGGUUAAAAUAUCGUAAUUCCGGUACUUGAAGGACUAAGUGUAAAAGGACUAAUCAAAAGGUAUCAUGCGGGCUACUUGAGAACUCUAAUUGAAGGAGAUUUAUUAAGUUUGAAGUGAUACUUUGUGGGAUAUAAAAAGCCUACAGGAAAUAAGAUUGUUGAAUGUCCCAGAGAACCAGGAUUGUUCUCGUCUGGGAGAGACAGAAAGGUACGAAGAUCUAUUUCUGUUACUUAUAUUUCCUGCACGGUCAUCUAUGAAGAGGUGGGUCCCAGGUGGGAUGAAGGCUGCAGAAGAGGAGAGAAAGGUGAAGAACCAAGAUGCUGUGAAUUUCGGAAUGAAGAGGUGGCCAGAGGACAGUGUCAAAUGGAGAGGAGGACACGGCUGUGCUCGCUGCUACUGCUAUUAGGCAGGCGGUGUCGCCUCCUCGAAUACACCUUCCAGUAAGGGCCCAGCAGAAAACACAUUAUCUACUAGUUUUUUAAGCAUUUUGUAAAGUGAUUUUGUACAUGUAGGAUCUGAAUUAGUAGUUUACAAAUGACAUGUUGACUAAUCAUACAUGGAAAAUACCUCUGCAGUAAAAUAUGAAAAAGCUCUGGGUGCUCCAUCUUGUUUUUUACUCUUGUGUGAGGCCUGUAGAUGUAGAUUCAUUUCAGUAUCCAUAAUCCUAACAGCUUAAAAACAAAGGGAAUGAGACCAAACACUCCC